GGCGGCGCGGAGCGGCGUCCCCUACAGCCGCGGACCAAGGCGGCGGUGGCGGCGGCGGCACCUGCCGGUCGAGCUUCCGAGCCCAGGAGAGCAGAGUUGACUCAUUUCCCCGGGACAGAAUUGGGGGACCCUAUGACUAGCAGCUCCGGAAAGCAGCUCCUUUGCAUCCAUCGGGAAAGCGUGCGGUGUCUGCAGGUAGAAAUUCGCCAGUGAUCUUCCCUGCUUCCUCAAUGCGGCCAGCCCUGCGGAAGAGACACGUUUUGGUGACCUUUGGUUUCUCCUGAAUUCAAUGCCAAGCCAGUACAACCGUGUGAAGCUGAAAAGCGAUUGCUCGCAGCCCUCCCUGCAAUGGUACACCCGUGCUCAGAACAAGAUGAGAAGACCCAGCUUGUUGUUAAAAGACAUCCUCAAGUGUACAUUGCUUGUGUUUGGAGUGUGGAUCCUUUACAUCCUCAAGUUAAAUUAUACUACUGAAGAAUGUGACAUGAAAAAAGUGCAUUAUGUGGACCCCAACCGCAUAAAGAGAGCCCAGCAAUAUGCCCAGGAAGUCCUGCAGAAGGAAUGCCGGCCCCAGUUCGCCAAGAGGUCGAUGGUGCAGCUCUUCAGGCACAGGUACACCUCGGACCUGCCACCUUUCGUGACGAAGGCCCCCGCAGGGAGCGAGGCCGAGUACAAGUACGACCCUCCUUUCGGAUUCCGCAAGUUCUCCGAGAAAGUCCAGAGCCUCUUGGAACUCCUGCCCGAGCAUGACUUUCCUGCACACUUGAAAGCCAAGAGCUGCAGGCGUUGUGUGGUCAUUGGAAGUGGUGGAAUCCUCCACGGGCUAGAGCUGGGCCGGGCCCUGAACCAGUUCGAUGUUGUGAUAAGGUUAAACAGUGCACCGGUUGAAGGAUAUUCAGAGCAUGUUGGAAAUAAAACUACUAUAAGGAUGACUUAUCCAGAGGGUGCACCACUGUCUGACCUCGAAUAUUAUUCCAAUGACUUGUUUGUUGCUGUUUUAUUUAAGAGUGUUGACUUCAACUGGCUUCAGGCGAUGGUCAAAAAUGAAACCCUGCCGUUUUGGGUGCGACUCUUCUUUUGGAAGCAGGUGGCGGAAAAAAUCCCACUCCAGCCAAAACAGUUCAGGAUUUUGAAUCCGGUUAUUAUCAAAGAGACUGCCUUUGACAUCCUUCGAUACUCAGAGCCUCAGUCAAGGUUCUGGGGCCGAGAUAAGAACGUCCCCACGAUUGGUGUCAUUGCCGUUGUCUUAGCCACGCAUCUGUGCGAUGAAGUCAGUUUGGCAGGCUUUGGCUAUGACCUCAGCCAACCCAGAACACCUUUGCACUACUUUGACAAUCUCUGCAUGGCUGCCAUGAACUUUCAGACCAUGCACAAUGUGACCACAGAGACGGGGUUCCUCCUGAAGCUGGUCAGAGAGGGCGUGGUGAGGGAUCUCAGCGGAGGCAUCCAUUGUGAAUUUUGAACCCAGAAAACCUCACUUGAAAAUGCAGUUCUGACCAGGAGGGCUGUUUUUCACAGCCUUCUUGACGCGUCCUGCAAGAACUUUGAAGUGCAGCUGGUGUUUUUUAACUUUUAAUUUAAAAAACAAAAACAAUACAAAAAGUUCUGUUCUUCCCACUUUUUUUCCCUAUUUAUUUGAAGCCAGUGUUUUUGCACAAAAUUUUGUAAGUUAAUUUUGAGAAUGGGAAAGACUUUCCAAAGAGAAUUGUAUGUAAUGAUGUUUUAUUGUAUUUUAAGAAAGUUAUUUAAUUUGUAAAAACUCUGUUCAUGUCUACUGCACAUAGAAUCCCAGGUCAUUAUGUGGAAGAAGGGAGGCGACUCCUUUGAUGACAGCCCUGAAUGCCUGACUCUGGUUCUCUGUUAGUCUGUUCGGUGGGACAGAUGUCGGAAGCACUUCCAGGGUGACGUGCUGGGUAGCUAAACCACUGGGACUGGUUGGGCCAUGCUGCUGCAUGAGGCCUGGGCCGGUCGGAGAAGUUCACCGUCCCUCUCUGUUGAUCUGCCUUCUGCAGGAAGACUUGUAGGAAUCAAGCAGGGGAGCUGUCCUGCAGGUCCCAGGUCAAGGAGGGACACAGAGACAUUUUCUGUGUCCUCCGAGUACUGCAACGCUGCCCCAGGCGGACAACUCUUGGAUUUCUUGAGAGUUUUUAACUGCCUUCCAAACACUUAAAUGUUAAUCCAGAUUAUUCCACUGUCUGUCUGAGGUGGCUUAUAAAAAUUAGGACAAAACCUCUGUUCUCCAGAGUCGUAGAGGAAUAAACUCUUUCCAGGAAUAAUCAUGUUUUCUGAAACACUGAAAUGAAGUCUUCCCCGUGUUAUAAAUUGCCUGUUUAAGAAAAAACGUUUUUUUUUUUUUGAAUGCCUCCUUGG